UAGAUAUCCGCAUAACAGUUCGACCCGUGCGUGCCGUACUGCAUCUGCCGGCCCUGGAUGUAGUAAAAUGUUUGUCUACACUACAAACUUACUAAUACUACUAGUUUUACUUGUGUUGUGCGUUCUGUGUCCAGAACAGUACAGUCCAUCCAAUGCCCAAUGGGCCACUAACCCACCGCCACCGAGGUUUCCUCAAGCGAAUACUAGGACCGUAGAACCAUAGCAGGUCAGAGACUAGACAACGUUGAGCCUAUUUUCAGUUUGUUCUUGGCAUUCGCCGGUAGCAACAGCGUAGAUCUACAGGUGGACUUCGCUCAAGGAAACUUAGACAUGACCACGCCGACAAAGAAAACGAUGGCCGCGUUGCUCGACCCCUCAACGGAUGAGGUCGACCUUGACGCCAUCCAGCCGGACUUGCGGGAGGCGCUAGCAGUGCGGGGAAAUGAUCGAUGUGCCGACUGCCGAGCUGAACGUCCGCAUUGGGUGGAGGUAACGCGUGGCAUAACGUUGUGCAGACCGUGUGCAACUGAACAUCACUUGCUGGGCAGUGAUUUGUCGCGGAUCAGGUGUAUCAAGGCCGGUGAAUCCAUCGACAGCAGUGUGAUCAAGCUUCUGGAACAAGGCGGUAACGAACAAUGCAACGCCGACAAGGAGGCCUAUCUCUCAAAGUCCUACAAGCGUCCCGCUCCAUAUGGGAACAUUGUCUACAGGAAGCACUUCAUUGGCGCCAAGUAUGUGAGACAUGAGUUCUGUUCUCUGGAGGGCACCGGGCUGCAGAGAAAGUCGAUCAUUCCGCAGCCGUAUAUCACAGGCGAAAUAUCCUAUCCUCUCCUUAAGCGUGGCCGAGCGAAUGACACUUGGCUGACCCGAUGCUUGGAAGCCUAUGCUACGAGUGGAAGCCUACGUUACAUGGAUAAGGAAGGCAAGGAACUAGGUUCCAUCCCGCUGGGAGUGUUGAAUGUUGCACUCGUCUCUGACAAGGACAUGAAUGGCGAUAGCGACACUCUAAUCAUGAUUGUCACCUACCCAGAAGAUGCCAAAACUCGCAAGCCGUCCAAUUCUGAGGCUGAAGUGAAGGGAGGAAAGAGACUGACACGCAGCCUGUUCUUCAAAGGCUUUGAAUUCCUCGCUGGAAGGGAUAUUGUUGAGUGGUAUGUGGCCAUACGCUAUGCAAAGACGGUGCAUGUCGGUGCAGUGGAUGGCACUAAGCCAGAGGUAACGACUGACAUCAAGAAACUCGGCUGGCUACACAAGAAAAAGAGGGUGACAGACCCAUUCCGCCUGAGGUGGUUCGUCCUUGAAGAUAAUGUUGUUCGCUACAGUGAGCACCCAAUGGAUGCAGUGCCGAAGGGAGAGUUUGAGCUACAGCGUGGUCCCGGCUACGGCGUUAUUGAGGGCAUCGAGGGCGACGAAGAAACGCCAUUUGCCUUCACGAUCAUCACCCCGGGUCGUGACUACUAUCUGCAUUCUACCAGCGAGUCCUACAAGUCAUGGCUGGAUGCAUUUGGAUCUUACUGCCUGCACAGUGCAAGUUUGUCCACUACAUGAUGCAAACAUAGCACCACAACGCUUUACUGUACCUUGUGACUUGGAAAUAGACAGGAGAGUCGGCUCAUGGUUCCUAACCAGUACGCUUUCCAUGGAAUAUGCUCGUCCAAAAGUCCAGCAGUCAUCAGUACCAUGCAUUGUUAGUCCAAUACACGUUUUGCUCCACAUUUGGCUCCUUAUUUAAAUCAAGAGCACGUAUGACACUGUCGGAUUACUGCCAAGCAUUUCAACAAAGUGAGCACUGUGACUGCUCAAAACUGAAUGUCAGUGCCAAGUGUAUCUGCUGAGUAAAGCAGAGGAUGACGACAGUCAGUACUUUUUUAAACAGACUUCACAAUCAUGCACAUUGCUGAAAGUUUUGGCUCCUAUGCCACGGUUGUCUUACUUAGACUGAUUGCAAGUCCAUGCAUGUGCUGUACAUGUACAUUGUAUUUACAUGGCAUAAUGCCAUUCAGGUAUAAAUGAUAAUUCUUUAUCGGAUAUGGCUGCACAUCGUACAUGUACAUUUUCAUGAUGGUGGAGUGAUUUGAAGUUCAAAUGUGACCUUUGGUAUAAUUACACCGAUAACUUACACUGAGUACUUCGGAAUGAUCGUGAUCUCUAGAAUCCCUGGCUUUGUUGACUUCUAGUAUGCUCUUUACUGCUAAAAGGUAUAGUUUUAACUGAAACGGCUAUACGCAAAAUGUA